AUGAACACCAAGCCCUCGCUGGACGGGAACAGGGAGGCCCGGGAGAUCCCCCCUCUGAGGAACUACCUCUGCCUCACCAUGUUCACCUGUUUCUGCCCUGCGUGGCCCGUUAAUAUCGUGGCGCUGGUUUUCUCUGUGCUGGCCCAGAAGAGCUACGAUGAAGAGGACUACGAUGGCUCCGAGCGGCUGGGCCGGAAAGCUCUCCACCUGGGCAUCGUUUCUUCUGUCAUCGGCCUUCUCAUCAUCACCGCGUACGCCGUCGUGCACUUCACUACGGUACGAAUGCACCAGAUAUAUGAAGCAAAAAUGAACAGAAGGAUGGAAAGAUGUCAAGUGUCCUUUUCCUCCACAGCAUGUGGUGUGAGCUCCUGA